CACCCCAACAUGGCCGCCCGCAGGCCUUGGCGGCUAGUGGGCGCCGCCAUGUUGGCUCCGGUCAGCCAUUUGGAGGAGCCGCGUUUAACCGAGAGCCGUGUGGAGCACCGGCGAGCGACCGCCGAGGAGCCGCUGCGGAGCAUGCGCACAGCCGGGCGGCGCCGUGAGGAGCCGCGGAGGGACUGGGACCGAGCGAGAAAGGAAGUCGGCCGGGUUUAGGAGCCGCCUGAGAUCUCUGCCUCUUUCCCAGAAAAGCCAGAAAUGACCAAGUCCCUGGGGUCAGUGUCAUUCAAGGACAUAACGGUAGACUUUAGCAGGGAGGAGUGGCUGCACUUAGACCUUGCUCAGAAAAGCCUGUACAGGGAUGUAAUGCUGGAAAACUACUUCAACCUGAUCUCAGUGGGGUGUCAUGUUCCCAAACCAGAAGUCAUUUUCCACUUGGAGCAAGAAGAGCCAUGUGUGCUAGAUGGUGACAUCCCAAGUCACCGCUGUCUCGAUGGGGAUGUUGGUUUUGAAACUUUACAGCAGGGAAUGUCUGAAGAAGUUUCAAUCCAGUUUGAGAGAAUUAAUCUCUUUACAAGAGAUAACCCAUAUUUCAUUUUCGAAGAAUUGUGGCAAGAUGACAAACAGACAGAGAGAUGUGAGGAAUACCAGAACAAAAGUGUAAGUCAUGUCGCCUUUAUCGACGAGGAAACAGUAGCUAAUGAGAGAGACUGUGAAUAUAAGGACAUUGGGAAAACUAAACAUGUAAACACAUACCUUGUUCCUGCAAGAAAAAGACUCCAGAACUAUGACUUAUUUGGAAGGAGUUUGAAACAUAUUGUAAGUUUAUAUAAUUAUAGAAACAGUGCAACAGAAAAUAUUGGUAAGGUUACUGGAUAUGGUAAUAUUUUCACUCCUGUGAAUUCUCAUACAAAAAUGAAUGAUUGUGAAUAUAACCAGUGUAAGAAACUUCUGAGUCAUAAGCAAGCUCUCAUUCACCAUCACAAAACUCAUACUGGGGAGAAUCUCAAUUUAUUUUCUGAUUAUGUAAAAACUUUCACCCAGAAGUCACACCUGUUUGCACAAGAAAGUAUUUAUACUCAAGAGAAACAGCAUGAACAUAGUGAGACAGUCUUCAGUCAGAAGCCCCAACUUGCUGUACCUCAGAAGGUUUCUACAGGAGAGAAACCCUACAAAUGCACUGAAUAUGAGAAGGACUUUUGCCUCAAGUCAAGUCAUGAGGAAACUCAAACUGAGGAGAAUAACUGUAAAUGCAGUGAAUAUGGAAAAGCCUUUAUCCAGAAGUCAGAUCUGUUCAGAUGCCAGGGAAUUCAUACUGGAGAAAAACCCAAUGAAUACAGUGAAUGUGGGGAAAAUGUUCCUCAGAAUUCAAACCUCAAUAUACAUAAAAAAAAUUAUACUGGAGAAAAACAUUUUGAAUGUACUGAAUGUGGAAAAGCCUUCACAAGGAAAUCCACACUAAGUAUGCAUCAAAAAAUCCAUACAGGAGAAAAACCUUAUGUAUGUACUGAAUGUGGGAAAGCCUUUAUACGGAAGUCACAUUUUAUUACACAUGAAAGAAUUCAUACUGGAGAGAAACCUUAUGAAUGCAGUGACUGUGGAAAGUCCUUUAUAAAGAAGUCACAACUCCAUGUGCAUCAGCGAAUUCACACAGGAGAGAAUCCCUUUAUAUGUACAGAAUGUGGGAAGGUCUUCACUCACAAGACAAAUCUCAUUAUACACCAGAAAAUUCAUACUGGGGAGAGACCUUAUAUAUGUACUGAAUGUGCGAAGGCCUUUACUGACAGGUCAAAUCUCAUCAAACACCAAAAAAUUCAUACUGGAGAGAAACCCUAUAAAUGCAGUGAUUGUGGAAAAUCAUUCACUUGGAAGUCACGGCUCAGGAUACAUCAGAAAUGCCACACUGGAGAGAGACAUUAUGAAUGCACUGAGUGUGGGAAAGCCUUCAUCCAGAAGUCAACACUAAGUAUGCAUCAGAGAAUUCACAGAGGAGAAAAACCCUAUGUUUGCACUGAAUGUGGAAAGGCCUUCUUCCACAAGUCACAUUUUAUUACACAUGAGAGAAUUCAUACUGGAGAAAAACCUUAUGAAUGCAGUGACUGUGGGAAAUCCUUCACUAAGAAGUCGCAACUUCAUGUACAUCAGCAAAUUCACACUGGCGAGAAACCCUACAGAUGUGCUGAGUGUGGAAAGGCCUUCACUGACAGGUCGAAUCUCUUUACACACCAGAAAAUUCAUACUGGGGAGAAACCCUAUAAAUGUAGUGACUGUGGAAAAGCCUUCACUCGGAAGUCAGGCCUCCAUAUACAUCAGCAAUCUCAUACUGGAGAGAGACACUAUGAGUGCAGCGAAUGUGGGAAAGCCUUUGCAAGAAAAUCAACACUAAUUAUGCAUCAGAGGAUUCAUACAGGAGAGAAACCCUAUAUUUGUGCUGAAUGUGGAAAGUCUUUCAUCCAGAAAUCACACUUAAAUCGGCAUCGGAGAAUUCAUACUGGAGAGAAACCCUAUGAAUGCAGUGACUGUGGGAAGGCCUUCAUUAAGAAGUCACAACUCCAUGAGCAUCAUCGAAUUCACACAGGAGAGAAACCAUUUAUAUGUGCUGAGUGUGGAAAAGCCUUCACCAUCAGAUCAAAUCUUAUUAAACACCAGAAAAUUCAUGCUAAACAGAAGACCUAUAAAGGUAGUGAUUUUAAGAAAGCCUUAAACUGCAGGCCACAGCUCAGUGUACAUCAGAAAUCGAAUACUGGGGAAGUAACAUGUCCAGUGCCACAAGCAUGGUGUGGGGAUACCAAGAAGUGAGAGGCUCCUGUGUGACUAAGACACAGGAGGUAACCAAAGCCACCCUACCUCUGGUCAGAAGAAUGAAUGUCUGGAUCACAGAGCUGAUGUCCAAUUAUACAUAUGCGGGAGCCACUUUGGAGAAAGUGUAUAAACAAUCUAUGAUGGCUGCACUUAGUUACUGGACAGGUACUGGGAUAGUCAAGCCCCUGCAAAUAAUAGCAAAUCUACAAGAAGAGGACUUAGUCUUUCUUGUUUCAUAUUAUGGAGAAGCAGCUUUAUAAGUUCAGGGCUGUUGAGCUUUUCAUGUCCUGGGUAACAAAAGUAUUCCUUGUUGACUAAAGAAAGUCCUUAAUGAGCAGAGAGCUAAAAAUUUUUUUCAUUUCUAAGGACACUGAAAUCAAGGCAAAAGUAUAGACAAUUUUGGUCUAUAAUAAAGAGAAGCCAGGAGUUUUUGUGAAAACUGACAUUAAAGACACAAAGGACUUUUUCCCCCUUUGGGAGUCACUCUUAUUUAUUGUUUAUAGUAUCUAUUAGUGUGUAGAAAUUUGGAUAAACAUUUUUUUUAUUUGACUUUGAGAUGGGUAAAUUGGAACCAUAAGCUUACUUGAAUAUUCAUAGGCCUCGCUACUUAUUAACCAGUAUGUUCCCUUAUUUAUUAAUUCCUUGCCAUGGCCUAGGUAACUCACACCUAAGAGGCAUAAAGUUCUCCCAGCUAUAUCCCCAGAGUGACCAAUGAGGCAAACAGCCCCACAGACUCCUUACCUGUCACCUUAGGACUGGCCCUGAGACCAUGGGACUCGGGUCGAAGAUCCAGAGGUCAGCACUUUGAACUGUCAGCCUCAUCCACAGAAAUCUAUUUUUUACAGAUUCUGUUUGGAAAAGAGACAAAUUAAGAAAAUGGGUUUCAAAACCUAGAAUUCUUUCCUUCCAUGGAAGUUUGGUUGGUACAUUUUCUACAUGGCCAUUAGUGCCAGCUGACUAUGGGACACUACUGUUCGCAUUUGAGCUUGUUUUCUGAGAAGACAGAGUCGCACAUUCAGGAGAGUAAUCCUCUUGUCCUCUCCCAGUCUCUACAGAUUAAUCCGACUGUGUUUGAAGACCCUCUGUGUUCUUACAGACUUUUUUGUCUUUCCUUCUAACAGAUUCUUAAAGAAGUGUUUCAUCUUCCAGAAUAUUUGUGAAUUUGUCUUUCCUUUAUGUCAAUCCAUUUUUGUCUUUGUUUCUACAUACAUUCAGAUUUAGAAUUGUUAUACUCUUUCUGGUUAAUUGAAACUUAAUUGUUAUGAAAUCUUCAUUCUUACUGCCACUAAUGUUCUUUUUUGCCUUAAAAUUUACUGCAUCAGAUAUUAAUACUGUAUGCAUACUUCACUUAAUGAAGGCUAAAAUAAAUUAAUUAAAUUAGCACUA